AUGAAAGGAGCAAAGUACACCAAGCAGCCAAUGGCAAAUCAGUUUCAACUAAGCAAGGAACAAUGUCCUAAAACUCAAGCAGAGAAGGAAGCAAUGAGCCAUGCUCCCUAUUAUAAUGCAGUAGUAACUAUAAUGUAUUUGAUGGUAUGUACUCGACCAGACCUUGCCUAUGCUAUCAAUGUUCUAAGCAGAUAUAUGGCAGACCCUGGGAGACAACAUUGGGAAGCUAUGAAAUGGGUAUUCAAAUAUUUGCUGGGAAUUAUUGAAGUAGGACCUAGAUUUAGCAAAAGGACAGACAACACUAUGAUAAAGGGAUACAGUGAUGUCGACUAUACUGGGGAUAGAGAUACUAAAAAGUCUAUAUCUGUUUAUGUAUUUUUGAUAUGGGGGAAUUGCAUUAGUUGGAAGGUCCAGCAACAACUAGUGGUAGCCUUAUCCAUAACUGAAUCAGAAACUAAGCAUGUGGAGGUUAAGUAUCACUUUAUCUGGGAUAAAGUGACACAAGGGGUAGUCCAGAUCAACAAGGUCCUAAUAGAGGAAAACCCUGUGGAUAUGGGAACAAAGAUUGUAACCCUAACCAAGUUCAAUCACAAUCUGAACUUGCUAGGGAUAAUUGAUGGUGGAUGA